UUUAUUUCCUAUAACAGUUAUGAAACUGCCAAUGGCAUUAAAGGCGAAGAAACCGGUACCUUAAAAAAGGCCACAUCUCCCGAUACUAGUGAUGUGAUUAUAGCUCGAGGUUCUGUCUCCUACACUUCACCCGAAGGCAAUUUAAUUACCUUAAAUUAUGCAGCUGAUGAUGAAAACGGUUUCCAACCUCAAGGAGAUCAUUUGCCCACACCUCCACCAAUCCCACCAGCAAUUCAAAAGGCUUUGGACUACUUGUUAAGCUUGCCUCCUUCCAAACGUCGUUAAACGCCGUAAAACCAUACAAACCAAAAUGAAAUGCUAUAAGAAACAAAACUUGAUCAAGAAAGAAAGAAAAAAACACGAUUCCCAAAUUACUACAUUUAUAAAGCAAAAAGGAGCCUUAAAAGAUAAAUGAAUAGAGAAGAAAGAGAAAAAUUUUCAGAUUUUUAAUUACCACAAUAAAAAAGGCAAAGAAGAAAUGUUUUGCAGAACCACAGCAAGAGAAAUAACAUAAAAAUGAAACAAAUAUAAAUUGUAUAUAAAAUAAGCAUAAAUAUUUUUACACUUAAACUUAUCAUCAACAACUUCUGCUGUCUUCUUCUACACUUUUCUUUCUAAAAGUUUCUCUUCUUCGAAUGCAAUUUCUUUAAAUGAAAAGUGAGUUUAAUUA